UCUCUCUCUCUCUCUCUCUAUCUAUCUAAUUAAGUUAUUAUGGGAAUUUCACAAUUUUUAUUGACUUCCUUUCUCCUUGAUGUUCUGGUGCUGUAUGUGGUGAAUGGGCAGCCUCUGGUUCCAGCUCUGUUCAUAUUUGGGGACUCUGUUGUUGAUGUGGGCAACAACAACCACCUAUCCACCAUUGUCAAAGCAAACUUCCCUCCUUAUGGGAGAGACUUUAUCAAUCACAGACCAACUGGAAGAUUCUGUAAUGGAAAGCUUGCCUCAGACUUCACUGCUGAGAACUUAGGCUUUACUACUUACCCACCAGCAUACCUUACCAAAAAAGCCAAGGGAAAUAACCUCUUGAUUGGAGCCAACUUUGCCUCAGGUUCGUCUGGAUAUUAUGAAACUACUGCAAAAUUAUAUGAUGCAAUUCCAUUGAGUCAACAAUUACAGUACUUCAAGGAGUACCAGAAGAAACUGGUAGGGACUGCCGGGAAAUCGAAUGCUUCGUCCAUAAUCUCUGGCUCAAUCUACCUUGUCAGUGCUGGGAGUAGUGACUUUGCUCAGAACUAUUACAUCAAUCCUCUUCUCUACAAGGUCUACACACCUGAUGAGUUCUCAGACAUUCUCAUACAAUCAUAUGUAAAAUUCAUUCAGGAUUUAUAUGGGUUGGGAGCAAGGAAGAUUGGAGUGACGACGCUUCCCCCAAUUGGAUGCCUUCCUGCUGCCAUUACACUAUUUGGCUCCGACAGCAACGAAUGUGUGACCAAAUUCAACAAAGAUGCAGUCUCAUUCAAUAAUAAGCUCAAUGCCACCUCCCAAGGGUUGCAAAACAGGCUUUCCGGCCUCAAAAUUGUUGUUUUGGAUAUCUACCAGCCACUUUACAACAUUGUCACAGAUCCUGCUGAUAAUGGUUUCUUUGAGGCAAGGAAGGCAUGUUGUGGUACAGGAUUGCUAGAAACAUCGAUACUAUGCAACGCCAAGUCAGUGGGAACGUGUGCAAAUGCAUCAGAGUACGUCUUCUGGGAUGGCUUUCAUCCGUCAGAGGCCACGAACAAAAUUUUAGCGGAUGAUUUGCUGACCAGUGGCAUCUCCCUCGUCUUCUGAUCAAACUAUUACAACCGCAUUUAGAACAUUUCUUAUAUUGAGCUUGCACUGAUGUUGGUGUUGGGAAACGUGCAAGUUUUUAAAAACUUUUCGAGGGAUUUUGAUUCAUAGAUCUUGAUUCAUCACAUAGAGACAAGUUUUAUGCAUGGAUUGAAUACUUACAU